AUAAAUUUUCAAGAUUAUAAUUCUUAUAUUAGUUUAUUAAUAAUUGAAUUUCAUGAUUAUGCUUUAAUAAUUUUAUUAAUUAUUAUAUUUUUUAUUAUUUAUAUUUUAAUUUGAUUUAUAUUUAAUAUUUAUAUUAAUAAAAAUAUUUUACAUCAUCAAAUAUUGGAAAUUAUUUGAACAUUAAUUCCUGUUUUUAUUUUAUUUUUUUUAGCUGUUCCUUCUUUAAAAAUUUUAUAUAUAAUUGAAGAAAUGUUAAAUCCUUAUUUAACAAUUAAAAUUAUUGGUCAUCAAUGAUAUUGAAGAUAUGAAUAUUCUGAUUUUUAUACUUUAAUAUUUGAUUCUUUUAUAAUUUCAGAUUAUGUUGAUAAUAGAGUAUUUCGUUUAUUAGAUGUUGAUAAUCGAUUAAUCUUACCUUUUAAUAUAAAUAUUCGAGGUAUUGUUACAUCAGUAGAUGUUAUUCAUUCUUGGGCUAUUCCAAUAAUAGGGGUUAAAGUUGAUGCUAUUCCUGGGCGUAUGAAUCAAUGUAAUAUUUAUAUAAAUCGAUUAGGGGUUUAUUUUGGUCAAUGUUCAGAAAUUUGUGGGUUAAAUCAUAGAUUUAUACCAAUUGUUUUGGAAAGAGUAAAUUUUGAAAUAUUUUUAUUUUGGGUAAAAAAUUUUUAAAACUUAUUAUUUAUAUUAAUAUUUUUAAAUUGACAAUUUAAUGUUAUGAUUUAACUAAAGUUUAUUUAAAUAGUUUAAAAAAAAUAUUAAUUUGUGGUAUUAAAGAUUUAUAAUUAAUUUAAAUUUCAUUAUAUAUCUUAAUUAUAAGAGUUGAAUUUUUAAUUCAAAAAUAAUAAAUUAGUAUUUAUUUUUAAUGAAUUCCACAGAUGUCACCUAUAGAUUGAUUAAUUUUAUCUUUUUUUUUAUUAUUAAUUUAUUUAUUAGGUUUAAUAUAUUUAUAUUUUAUAAUUGAAGUUAAUUUAAAUAAUAAUUAUAUUUUUAAGAAAAAUAAUUUUUUUAUUAAUUGAUAAUGAUAUUAAAUUUAUUUUCUAUUUUUGACCCUCAAGUUUUAUGAAUUUCAAUUAAUUGAGUAUCUAGUUUAUUAAUUAUUUUAUUAAUUCCACAAAUUUAUUGAAUUUAUAAUUCUCGAUUUAGGUACAUAUUUAUGUUAUUUAUAUAUAUAUUGUGGUUAGAAUUUAAAGUUAUUUUGAAAGUUAAAUUUAAUUUAAAUAAUUUAAUUUAUGUAAAUUUGUUAUUUUUUUUUAUUUUAAUUAAUAAUUUUAUAGGGUUAUUUCCUUAUAUUUUUACUAGAUCGAGACAUUUAGUUUAUUCAGUAAUUUUUUCAUUAUCUAUAUGAUUUGGGGUUAUAUUAUUUGGUUGAUUUAAAAAUACAAAAUUUAUAUUAAUUCAUUUAGUUCCUCAAGGUACUCCAUUUUUAUUAAUAUUUUUUAUAGUAUUUAUUGAAUUAUUAAGAAGAAUUAUUCGUCCUUUAACUUUAUCUGUUCGUUUUAGCGGCUAAUAUAAUUGCUGGUCAUUUAUUGUUAGUUUUAUUAAGAAGAUUUGUACCUAGUAGAUUUAUAAUAUAUUUAAUAGUUUUAUUUGUUCAAAUAUUAUUAUUAUUAUUAGAAACUGGAGUUUCAAUUAUUCAAUCUUAUGUUUUUGUUAUUUUAAUAAUUUUAUAUUUAAAAGAAACUAAUUAAUUAAUGAAUAAAUUUUUUCAUCCGUAUCAUUUAGUUACUGAGAGUCCUUGACCUUUAAUAGGUUCUUUAUCUUUAAUAAUUUUUAUAAUUGGUGUUGUAAAAUGAUUUAAUGAAUUUAAUAAUAAUUUAUUAUUAAUUGGUAGUUUAAGAUUAUUAUUUAUUUUAAUUCAAUGGUGACGUGAUGUAAUUCGUGAAAGAACUUUACAAGGUAAUCAUACUUUAAAGGUUUUAAAAAGAAUUCAAAUUGGUAUAAUUUUGUUUAUUUUAUCUGAAGUUAUAUUUUUUACAUCUUUUUUUUGGAGAUAUUUUCAUAUAUUUUUAUCUCCUAGUAUUGAAUUAGGUAAUAAUUGACCUCCUAAAGAAAUUUUAGUUUUUAAUCCUUAUAAUAUUCCUUUAUUAAAUACUUUAAUUUUAUUAAGGUCUGGGGCAAGAAUUACUUGAUGUCAUAAUUUAAUUUAUCAAGGGUUUGAUUGAAAAGGGUGUCAAGAAUCAAUUAAUUUGACUAUUUUAUUAGGGGGGUUAUUUAUUAUAUUUCAAUAUAAAGAAUAUUCUGAAUCAUUUUUUUCUAUUUCUGAUUCAAUCUAUGGUUCUGUUUUUUUUAUAAUAACUGGUUUUCAUGGGUUACAUGUAAUUAUUGGUGUUUUAUUUAUUAUUAUUUCUAUAAAUCGAUUAUUAAAUUUUCAUUAUUCAAAUUUUCAUCAUUUUGGGUUUGAGGCGGCUUCUUGAUAUUGACAUUUUGUAGAUUUAGUAUGAUUAUUUUUAUAUUUAUUUAUUUAUUGAUUAUCAUUUUAAUA